CAAAUACCGGCACCUGGCUGAGCGGUGGUGCCUGCCGGUUCGGGUGACGGUGGUGGAUUAUGACGCCAAGGAGGUGUCCAUCCGCUCCGGUCUGCGCAGCGCCCGGGAGCUGUCCGAGGUGUUGUCCGCCCCCCGGCCGCCCGCAGCCCGGGUCAGGUGGCUGCAUGUGGACGGGCUGAACUGGGAGGUCAUCCAGCUGCUAGCCCUCACGUACGACCUGCACCCCCUAGCGCUGGAGGAUACGGUCCACGUCCCUCAGCGCAUCAAGGCAGAUUUCUACGACUCAUGUCUCUACAUGUCCCUCAUCUACCUCUACCUAGCCAACGGAGCUUCAGAUACCGCCGCCGCCGCUGCCGCUGCCGCCGCCGCCGCCGCUGCUGACGGCGGCGGAGGCGACGAUGUUGACGCCGCCGCCGUCGUCGCCAGUGGCGGCGUCAGCAGCGACGACGAUCGUACGACAAAUCUUGCCGCACUCCGCACCCUCAGCGCCGUACGACGAGCCGAUGCCGCGGUUGCCGCCACCGGCGGCGACAUUGAUCCCUCGCUCAUUGACCUAGAGGGCACCGGCGGCGGCGCUUCAGCUUCCAUCUUCGCCUCCUCGUCUCCCGUGCUCCGGAACCUGCCUGCGGGAGCAGCCGGAGCCCCCACCCAGCCGGGCCCCGCACACUACCCGCUGCCCCUGCACCAUGGCUCUGUUACCGUAUCCCCCAGCGGUACUGCACUCUCCACCGCCGCCGCCACCGCCGCCGCCGCAACGUCCGCCGCCGCCGGUGGCGGCGGUCGUUGCCCCAAGCCCGCUACCAAGACCACCACUGGCAGCAGCGACAAUGCGGGCCGGAGCUGGUUCCCUUGGCGGCGCUCGCAGCCUUCGCAUCACCACCAAGAAGCUGCUGCUGCUGGCCAUGCGGCCAGUGCUAUCGGAGGCACUGCUGGUGGACCCACGGGUCGGCCCAUCCACGUGUCGGCGCAGCAGGUGUCGCUGUUCUUGCUUCGCGGCGAGGCGGGGCGGGCGGCCAACACGCUGAUCAGCGUGUUCCAGUCGGACGGGUCGGCGGUGGCUCAGCCCAUACUGGCGCAGCUGAGGGAGCCCAGGACGCUGGUUCGGGAGGCGGAGGACGCCUCCUUCCUGGCCAACCUGGUGAUCGAUACCCUGGUGGACCACAUCUUCCCCGUGGUGGGUGCCUAUCGGGAGCUGCUGGAGGGGUACGAGGCGGAGGUGAUGGCGGUGGGGGGCGGCGGCGGCGGCAGGGGGUCGGCCAGUGCGGCGGCGACACGGGAGCUACAUGCCAUGCAGCGCGACCUGCGGCGGAUCGACCGCACCAUUGCGCCGCUGCAGGCGGUUGUUGCCAACAUGGUUGCGCGGGACGACACGCUGGGGGAUGCAGCCGCCUCCGCCGCCUCCGCCGCCGCUGCGUCCCUCACUCCCGCCGGCGGCAGCAUCGGCAGCUUCAACAGCAGAUGGCGCUCCGGGACGCCCACCGCCCCCGCCCCCUCCGACACCACCACAUCAGCCACCGCUGAACCUACUCCCACAGCCCCCGCCACCACCCUUCCCGCACCACCACCACCCUCCUCCGCCGUCGCCGCCGUCCCCUGCCCGCUGCUCUCGCGCCUCACUCGCACCUACCUGGGCGACGUGCGCGACCACGUGGCCACCAUCUGUGAGGACCUGGUGAGUCUGAGUGCGGAGUGCGGUGACCUGGUGGGGCUCAUCUUCAACCUGGCCACCCACCAGCAGGCGCAGAGCACCCAGACGCUGGCGGUGGUGUCCACCAUCUUCCUGCCCAUCACGUUUCUGGCAGGGGUGUACGGCAUGAACUUCGACAACCUGCCCGAGCUGCACUGGCCGAAUGGCUACCUGUACUUCUGGGUCACCUCGGGGGUCAUCGUGCUGCUGUUCAUGUUGGCCAUGCUGCGAGCUGGGCUGUGGAACAUGUGAUGAGG